AUGGAAUACAACAAAAGAAGGAAUUCAUUUGAAGAUGGGGUGUUAGGAACAACAUGUCCAAUCCCUCCUGGUAAAAACUUCACAUACAUUCUUCAGGUGAAAGAUCAAAUCGGAAGCUUUUACUAUUUCCCUUCUCUAGCGUUCCACAAAGCUGCUGGUGGGUUUGGAGGUAUCAGGAUUCUUAGUCGUCCAAGAAUUCCUGUACCAUUCGAUGAACCUGCUGACGAUUUUACCGUUCUUAUUGGAGACUGGUACAAGUCUAACCACACCGCAUUGAAAGCAAUUCUAGACCGAGGACAUAAACUACGAAAUCCCGAUGGAAUUCUUAUCAAUGGACGUGGGCCAAAUGUUACAUCCUUUACGGUCCAAAAAGGAAAAACUUAUAGGUUAAGAAUAUCGAAUGUGGGACUACAGAAUUCCCUUAAUUUCCGCAUUCAAAACCACAGGGAUGAAACUUGUGGAGCCGAUCAAUCCGAUCGAGACUACUAUAUUGUCGUCUCCUCUAGAUUCACCAACCCAAUCCUUGCCACUACUGGAGUUCUUCAUUAUAGCAACUCCGCUAGCAAAGUCUCUGGCCCAAUUCCCGGUGGACCAACCAUCCAAGUGGACUGGUCCCUCAACCAGGCUCGCUCAAUCAGGACCAAUCUUACAGCAAGCGGCCCAAGGCCCAACCCACAAGGUUCAUACCAUUACGGCAUGAUCAACACCACCAGAACCAUCAUCAUCCAGAGCUCCGCCGCACAAGUCAACAAAAAACAAAGAUAUGGACUCAACAGUGUCUCAUUCAAACCCACCGAUACUCCAUUAAAACUCGCCGAUUAUUUCAACAUCGGUGGAGUUUUCAGAGUCGGAAGUAUUUCCGAUAAGCCCACCGGAGGUGGGUUGUAUCUUGACACCGCUGUUAUGGGGGCUGAUUACAGAACUUUCGUUGAAAUCGUCUUCCAAAACCCUGAAGAUAUCGUAAUGAGUUAUCACCUUGAUGGCUACCAAUUCUUCGUUGUGGGAAUGGAUGGAGGAGUAUGGAGUAAAGGAAGUAGGAACGUUUACAAUCUUCGAGAUGGCGUUGCACGUAGCACCAUUCAGGUAUACCCAAAAUCAUGGUCUGCAAUUUACGUACCACUUGAUAACGUGGGCAUGUGGAAUUUGAGGACAGAGUUUUGGGCAAGACAAUAUCUUGGUCAACAGUUUUAUUUACGUGUUUACACAAAUUCAGGAUCAAUUAGAGACGAAUUCCCAAUCCCAAAAAAUGCUCGUCUUUGUGGAAAGGCAAGUGGUCGUCACACACGACCGCUAUAAUUUUUCCAUAAAUAUCCAGAAGGUUUGACCUCUAAGCUAAAGUAAAUUAGGAGGUUGAGUUUAGAUAUAAUUUUCACAUAACAUAUGGUGAAUUUAAAAAGUACUAAGAAGUAUUUGGAUUGCGUAUUUAUAGCUGUAAUGUUACAUAAGCUAUAAAUUGGAAUGACCUUAUCUCAAGGUCACCUUUAUUGUUGUAUUUUUUGUUCACACUUAAGUGGAAAUAUUGUUUUGUUUGGUGUUUAUUGAAAAAG